AUGGAACAAACUUUCGCUAAAUUUUUGAAUAUUAAUGAUAUUAAAGAAGAGACUAUUAAACAAGGAUCACUGAACGAGAUGUUCGGCAAAGCUGUGAAACAGAAUGUAUUAGAGGGAACUGCCAUGUUUUGGGAUUGUUCCUGGCAUCCUCUAACAAAAGAAAUCAAUCAAAAGAUUAAAAACGGAGAGAACUUGGAUAUCUCUAUGUUUUUUGAAUUUUUGGAUCACAAUUAUGAGACGUCAACUUGGUGUGAUCAAUGUCGCAAAACUUUAUAUGAAAUGAAACAAGAUGAAAUUUUAAAAGUCGAAGAAGGAAAUACAUACAAAUAUAAAUUUUUUGUAUGUUCAGAUUGUGCCCAAAUUAUUAAAUAUGCUACUUUUCAUUAUUAA